AUGAAUCUCCAACUGGCGAAGCACAAGAUUGAGGCAGUGCUUAUUAACAGCAGAAAAGCAGUAGAGACAAUCAAGCUGAUAGUCGGUACACAAGAAAUCACAUCACAACCGUAUAUCCGAUAUCUGGGAGGGAUGCUUGAUGCCCGACUCAACUUCAAGCAGCAGGUAGAACACGUCACUGCCAAAGCAUCGGUAGUAAGAGCUAAUCUCGCAAGACUGAUGCCUAACGUCGGUGGCCCAAAGCAGAGCAGAAGACUACUAUUAUCAUCAGUUGUCACAUCGGUGCUCACUUAUGGAAUAUCCAUUUGGGCAGAUGCGCUGGAGCUGCAAGGAGAAAGGCUGGACCAGUAUAUCGUCUAA